AACUUUAGACGUGCCUAGUGCCUAUUCUAUUCAAGCUCUACAGGCAACAGAAUAUUCAUUUAAACUACACCAAAGAAACCCAAAAAGAAAUAAUAACAAUGAAGUGGCUCCAAUUUUACUGUGUAUCUCUAAUCGCGAUGUUGGUAAUCUUAGAAGGAAUUGGUACGAAUGCAGCCCCCAGUUAUCAUGACGGGGACAUGUUGAAAACAUUGUUGGAUUUGGAGAGGAAAUACGCUGCGGUUGCGAGACCAAGUUUGCGUAGCGAUUCAACAAAAUCGACCAGAUCGAUCACGGAACCGAAAGUUCAACGCGCUAUCAACAUGCUUAGGCUACAGAAUCUUGAUAAGCUGUACGCCGAAAAAUCGAGACCAAGAUUUGGAAAACGUGCUGAUGAUGGAUUCAAUUUCCAGGCACCCGAUUAUGAAGGUCAGGACUUCCAAGUCAAUGAGUCAACUUUGAACGAAUGGGUUCCGAUUCGCAGAUGAGGACUGACAUCGCUGAAUAAGAACACUACUAGUAGAGCACAUACCUUUCCCGUUUUCCCGUAGACAAUCACUUUUAGUUCAAUUCUCUUUGAACAUUUUAUCUAUUAGAUUACCCCUCUUUUACUAGCCCACUUCUGAAUGUAUUGCAAAAGCUGAGUGUACUAUUUUAAACUGCAAAGCAUUUCAAAUAAAAUAUAUCAAAUAAAUGUGCCAAUAAUCAAAUA